AUGCAUACGACUGGACAUGGAAAUCUUUGAAAAACUCUUGUAUGCUUGUUAUGUAGGAUAACCAUUUUAUUUUUAUAUUUCAGCUUUCACAAAAAUGGAAUUUCUUUAUUUUGACUAUAAUGCUACGACACCCUUGGAAGAAUCUGUUCAUAAAGUCAUAAGCCAUCAUUUAAAACACUCCUGGGCUAAUCCUAGUAGUAAUAAUAUCUUAGGGAAAGUAGCUAAAAGUGUUAUUGAAGAGGCUCGAGCUCAUUUAGCAAAACUCAUAGAUUGUAAUGAUCAAUCCAAUAUAAUAUUCACUAGUGGGGGUACAGAAUCCAAUAACACUAUUGUUUAUUCUGUGCUAAAGAACUUUCAAAAGACUAAAGAUAAAAUCUACAAAGCUCAAGCUGGUGUUGAAAGCAAUCAUCUGAACAGUCCAAAUGGGUUUAAUGAAGUAUAUUGUGCAAAUGGUAACCAUAAUACUCAAAUUUUUAAUGAAAACAUGAACAUACCACAUGUUAUUACAUCAUGUAUUGAGCAUGAUUCCAUUCUUUUGCUACUUCAAGAUCUUCAAAAUAAAGGUAAACUCUCAGUAACCUAUCUUCCAAUAUCCCCUAUCAGUGGCAAAAUACUUAUAUCUGAUCUUGUAUCAGCACUACAGCACAACACUCGCUUGAUAACCAUCAUGUUAGCCAACAAUGAGACAGGAGUUAUACAACCUAUCAAAGAACUCAGUCAAACUUUAAAUGAUUUUUGCCACAAUCCGAAUAGUCAGUGUUCUAUCAAUCGAAGUGAUAUAAUAAUCCAUACGGAUGCUUCUCAAGCUAUUGGUAAAAUACCCAUUUCUAUCAUAGAGCUAGGGGUUGAUUCCCUUACUCUCACGGGCCAUAAAUUUUAUGGUCCCCGCAUUGGUGCACUAUAUUAUUCUUCACAUUUAAAAUUCCAUAAUAAUCUUAACCCAUUAUUGUUAGGUGGCGGUCAAGAGGGUGGCCUGAGAGCCGGGACAGAAAAUACGGCUCUUAUAGCAGGGCUAGGAGAAGCCGCUCGUCUGGCCUAUAUGAGUAAUCAAGCUUUAAAUCCUACAGGAAAGGAUUUCUCAUACAGUCUAGAGACCAUCACAGCUUAUUUGAUAAAGCGUUUAUUUAAUACCUUUGGACCUGUUAUAAAUUUUAAUAAUUUGCAAUUUUUGUCGACAGACUUUGACUAUUCAAAAGAAAAAGAGAACAAUUUUAUAGAUUUCGAGCAAUUAUACUUAGACAAUCACCGGGGUCAUUUACUACCUAAUACUUUGUCCGUUUCCUUCGAAUCUGAUUCCGUGAAGCAUGAAUGGGGAUGCAUGAUACUGGAAAAGUGUUCUAAGUUAAUGGCCAGUACGGGCGCUGCUUGCCAUGCAGGCAAAUAUGAACCCUCAAAGGUUUUACUUAAUAGUGGUAUGAAUGUUAGUACGGCUAAGAAAUCAAUUAGAUUGAGUACUGGUAGGUUCACUACACAGCAACAAGUAGAUGACGCCAUUGAAGAUCUGAGAUUGGCCCUAAAUUUUUAGACAUUCUUCACGUUAGGUAUUGGCUUUAAGCAAACAGUAUUAUUGAUUAUAAAGCUUUUCCUGAUUAGUCCUUUUUCCUAGUCUUUAGAUAUUAAUUCGCUCUAUUUUGUUUUUGGUUAUUAUAUUUUGUAGUCAAUUUAUAUGUAUAUAUAUCGCGAAGAACUUUUUGAAAAUUUAUAGCUAAUUUAAAAAAAACAUAUUCCAAUUUUUUGUAUUUUGGUGUUAAUUACCUCAAAUUUUAUAUUUAAUAUA